AUGCAAAUGGAUAAAGUUGAGAAUGGAGUAAACAAGAAUGCAAGAGUUUCGAUUAUAAGGGAUAAGUUUGAAGCUCAAACAUUUAUGGAGGGAGAUUCAUCACCACCUCCAAUGCGCAGACCUCCACAACCAAUAAAAAAGAUGCCACCCCAACAACAACAACAAAACGGCACACCCAAUGGCGGCGUGGUCAACAGCCAGCCAUCCCCUUCCAUACCAAAGCGACCCCCUGCACCGGGACCACCAGGUGUAAAGCGAGCACCACCUAUUCCAACACAACCUCGUCCACAAUUCAACGGUGCAGCUGCAGGUAGCACUACUCAUUCACGCAACAAUAGUUUGAAUGGUAAUAUUGGCGAUGAAUAUACAAAUGGCGGCGGCGGCAGCAGUAGUGGAUACAAUAGCAGCAGUAGUAAUAAUAGACCAUUACCACCAUCGCCUGCGGCACCUCCACAACCACCUAGACAAUUAUCUCCACCCAUCACCAUACAACAACAACACCAACAACAGGCAGCAUCAUCACAAAAUGCUGGCGGCCCUGCACCACCCAUGCCAUCACCAUCGAAUAAAUUAAAUACAUCGGGAUCGACACCAGUCAAGAAGCUGGCACCCACUCAGGCACCGGCCAACUUGGCCAAUCUCCUUGCAGGCGGACCCAAACCGGCUCCACCAAGCCCCAUCCAAUCACCAUUGCUCUCGUCUGUACCACCACCACCCAUCUCUUCCUCCAACCCCUCUCAAAUGGCUGCUUCACCUCCAACCACUUCUUCUUUGAUUGCCCCUCCCUCCCCACCAUCUUCACACAUCAAUACUUUAUCAUCAGCUCCAAAACAAGAAGAAGAAAAGAAACCAGGUUUCUUUGGUUUAUUUACUAAAAAGAAUAAAAAAAAAGAACCAGAAGUAGGUGUACCAUUUAAUGUUAAACACAAUGUACAUGUAGAUUAUAAUUCCAUUACAGGUUUUGAGGGUCUUCCAAAAGAAUGGGAGGUUGUAUUGCAAAGCUCUGGUAUUACAAAGGAGGAUGUCGUAGAACAACCACAAGCAGUAUUGGAUGUUUUAGAUUUCCAUUUGGGCAAUAUGGGUAUGGCCAAGCCAUCACAAACUACUCUUGUUGGGCCACCAACCAGAGAGUUACCAACACCUGCUCCAAAACCAACUCCACCACCUCCACCACCACAACAACAAAUACAACAUCACCAUCAACCACAACAACCAGAUCAAUAUCCAGAGGAUGAUUACGAUUUAAUGAUGAAUCCUUCUUCACCUUUACCAGAAGAAACUAAUGUUUCCCUUAAUGAUUUAAUUAGUCAAGAAGAUCCAUCUAAAUUAUUUGGAGAAGGAUCAAUGAAGAUUGGUGAAGGUGCUGCUGGUGAAGUAUUUGUUGUGACAAGAUUAAAGACCAAUACCAAGGUGGCCAUUAAAAAGAUGCCACUCAACCAACAAAAUAUGAAAUUAUUGAUUACAGAAAUUGGUAUCAUGAAGUCUUGUAAACAUCCAAAUAUUAUUGAAUAUUUUGACAGUUAUCUCGUAAACGAUUCCUUGUGGGUUGCUAUGGAGUUUAUGGGUGGUGGUUGUUUAACAGAAGUUUUGGAACAAUUUUCUACAGUUCAAUUAAAUGAACCUCAAAUUGCUUAUAUAUGUUUAGAAACACUUAAAGGUUUAGCUUAUGUUCAUAAUCAACAUAGAAUUCAUAGAGAUAUAAAGAGUGAUAAUAUUUUAUUGGGAUCAGAUGGUUCAGUUAAAUUGGCAGAUUUUGGUUAUGCAGCUCAAUUAACAAAGAACAAACAAAAGAGAGUUACUAUUGUUGGAACACCAUAUUGGAUGGCUCCAGAAUUGAUUAGAGGACAAAAUUAUGAUAGAAAGGUAGACAUUUGGAGUUUAGGUAUUAUGGCUAUGGAAAUGGCAGAAUCAGAGCCACCUUAUAUGUCUUUUCCACCACUUCGUGCACUUUUCCUUAUCACCACCAAGGGAAUUCCAGAUCUCAAGGAUCAAGGCAAAUGGUCAGAGGAAUUCAAGGACUUUGUAAAGAAAUGUUUGGAAAAGGAUGCCGAAAACAGAGUCGACGCACAUGUGCUUUUGAAACAUCCAUUCCUCAAGUUUGCUUGUAACAGUAAUGCUUUGGUUCCUGCCAUCAUGGAGGCAAAAAAAGCAAAGGAAGCUCAAAGUAAAUUCACAUUGCAUUAA